AUGCGUGGAAGUACGGCCGGUCUAACGGAUACACUAGCGGGCGGGUCUCACGCGCACGCCACGCUCCUAGAAUUCGCUGACCAAGUAUUCGGCAGUGCCGUGGUCGCGCCAGCGGUGGUCGCCUACUGGAAGGCAACAUGGUCCCUCAUGGAUAUCUACCUGAUACCCCAGCACCCGGUGUACAGCGCGAUCGCUGCUCUAGUAUUCGGUCUAGGCUUGAAUUGGCUGCUGUGCGUGCUGCAAACGCCGCUAGCCAAGUUUAUAAACUUAGACAAGGGUAGAUUUACCUUCUAUGUGCUUACGAGGCUGUACACUUGCGUGGCGGGAAUCGGCUGCGUCGGCGCAUGGAGGGGAGUGUGGAAUUUGCUUAAUGAGUGUACGGGGGAUGGCGCCCAGACUGUGCUGUCGACGACGGCAGCGGCCACCCUUUCGUUGGCGGCGUUACGGACUCUGAGGAAUAUUAUAGCGGCGCCGUUCGCAGUAGUCAUCGAUUCGCCUAAGGAUUUUUUCGAUGUGCCGACUAUGUUUCGAACGGUUAGUAUUUGUUCUCUUGUUUGUCUUUUGUUCUCUUCUUUCUUCUCUCUCUUUAAUUGUCUUUAG